UCCACUGGAGCUCCCAGCUGGGUCUCAUCCCUUGCUCUUUGUGCUGCACGCUGUAUCUGUGACGUUCCAGAAAUGCUUGUCUCCUGCUGUUGAUGAAGACCUUGGAAGUACUAUGGAUCAUGCUGAGGAAAAUGAAAUCCCUGCGGCAGCCCAGACAUACUGCGUGGAAAGGCCCAUCUUUAGUCACCCAGUCCUUCAGGAAAGACUGCACCCAAAGGACAAGGUCUCUGAUUCCAUCGGGGACAAGCUGAAACAGGCAUUCACAUGUACACCUAAAAAAAUAAGAAAUAUCAUUUACAUGUUUCUGCCCAUAACGAAGUGGUUGCCGGCAUACAAGUUCAAGGAGUAUGUGUUGGGCGACUUGGUCUCAGGCAUAAGUACUGGAGUUCUUCAGCUUCCUCAAGGCUUAGCCUUCGCCAUGCUGGCCGCCGUGCCUCCCGUGUUCGGCCUGUACUCUUCGUUCUACCCGGUCAUCAUGUAUUGCUUUCUUGGAACCUCCAGACACAUAUCUAUUGGUCCUUUUGCUGUUAUUAGCUUGAUGAUCGGCGGCGUAGCUGUCCGGUUAGUUCCAGAUGAUAUCGUCAUUCCAGGAGGAGUAAAUGCAACCAAUGGCACGGAAGCCAGAGAUGCCCUGAGAGUGAAGGUCGCCAUGUCUGUGACCUUGCUUUCAGGAAUCAUUCAGUUUUGCCUAGGUGUCUGCAGAUUUGGAUUUGUGGCCAUAUAUCUCACAGAGCCUCUGGUCCGAGGGUUCACCACCGCAGCUGCUGUUCACGUCUUCACCUCCAUGUUAAAAUACCUGUUCGGGGUUAAAACAAAGCGGUACAGUGGGAUCUUUUCAGUGGUGUAUAGUACAGUUGCUGUGUUGCAGAAUGUUAAAAACCUCAACGUGUGUUCCCUAGGCGUCGGGCUGAUGGUUUUUGGUUUGCUGUUGGGUGGAAAGGAGUUUAAUGAGAGAUUUAAAGAGAAACUGCCAGCACCCAUUCCUCUAGAGUUCUUUGCGGUGGUAAUGGGAACUGGCAUUUCAGCUGGAUUUAACUUGCAAGAAUCAUACAAUGUGGAUGUCGUUGGAACACUUCCUCUGGGGCUGCUCCCUCCGGCCAACCCGGACACCAGUCUCUUCCACCUCGUGUAUGUGGACGCCAUUGCCAUCGCCAUCGUGGGAUUCUCAGUGACCAUCUCCAUGGCCAAGACCUUGGCAAAUAAGCAUGGCUACCAGGUUGAUGGCAAUCAGGAGCUCAUUGCCUUGGGACUGUGCAAUUCCAUUGGAUCUCUCUUCCAGACCUUUUCGAUUUCUUGUUCCUUGUCCCGAAGCCUUGUUCAGGAAGGAACCGGAGGGAAGACACAGCUUGCAGGGUGCUUGGCCUCGUUGAUGAUUCUGCUAGUCAUAUUAGCCACUGGCUUUCUCUUUGAAUCAUUACCCCAGGCGGUGCUGUCGGCCAUUGUGAUUGUCAACCUGAAGGGAAUGUUUAUGCAGUUCUCAGACCUGCCCUUCUUCUGGAGGACCAGCAAGAUCGAGCUGACUAUCUGGCUUACCACUUUCGUGUCAUCCUUGUUCCUGGGACUGGACUACGGUUUGAUUACCGCGGUGAUCAUUGCCCUGCUGACCGUCAUUUACAGAACCCAGAGUCCAAGCUACAAAGUCCUGGGACAGCUUCCCGACACCGAUGUAUACAUUGAUAUAGACGCAUAUGAGGAGGUGAAAGAAAUUCCUGGAAUAAAAAUAUUCCAGAUAAAUGCUCCAAUUUACUAUGCAAAUAGUGACUUGUAUAGCAACGCAUUAAAAAGAAAGACUGGCGUGAACCCAGCACUCAUAAUGGGAGCAAGAAGAAAGGCCAUGAGGAAAUAUGCUAAGGAAGUUGGAAAUGCAAAUAUGGCCAAUGCAACUGUGGUCAAAGUGGAUGCGCAAGUAGACGGAGAAGACGGUACCAAGCCUGAAGAGGAGGAGGAUAACGUCAAAUAUCCUCCCAUAGUCAUUAAGAGCACGUUUCCUGAAGAAAUUCAAAGAUUUAUGCCCCCGGAAACUGUCCACACUGUCAUUCUAGAUUUCACUCAAGUCAAUUUCAUCGAUUCUGUUGGAGUGAAAACUGUAGCCGGGAUUGUAAAAGAAUAUGGCGAUGUCGGCAUUUACGCAUAUUUAGCAGGAUGCAGUCCACAAGUUGUGAAUGACCUCACUCGCAAUAGAUUUUUUGAAAAUCCUGCCUUAAAGGAAUUACUGUUCCAUAGCAUCCAUGAUGCGGUUUUAGGCAGCCAAGUUCGAGAGGCCCUGGCUAAGCAAGAAACCUCUGCCCCACCUUCCCAAGAGGAUUUGGAGCCGAAUGCUACUCCUUCCACACCUGAGGCAUAG